ACUAAAAGAUCAUUAAGGAUGCCGUCCAACAAAUUAAUUUGCGGUUAACGUCUAUUGAAAAGAUCCUUCCCGAAGAUGUAUUUUUACUUUUACAAACCUUUCUUUACUUUCUGUAUUCAAAAGUUUUUGUUAUUUCAGAUGCCGGAAAAAACUGAAGUUCAGGCAGAAGGCAAAAAUUUGCGUGAAUGCAAAGUACUGACGGCUACAACUCAGAAGUUCCUUGGCCGCAUUACCAGCAAUAUAGAGGAUGAAGAGUAUUUGGAGCUUUCAUCCAAAAUUCCCAUGUCAUCGGCAGAACAACUACUGACUGUUGAAACGCUGUUAAAAGCGAAGAUGCGGCUACUGGCAAAGGCAAAGGGUCAUAAAGGUAGUGUGCACGGUGGCCUUCGUUCGUUAUUUUCAGACGAGUUAAUGGCUAACUACAAUCGUAGGGGAAAAUUUGCGCCUUUUGAAACUAAAGUGCAUUGAUAUAAUUUUUGUUGAAUUUUAUAAAAAUAAAUAUAUAAUACCAAAUUUAGAAUAGCUUUGCAAAUAGUUUUUCCAAAAAUAAGCAACAUAAAUAUUAAUUUAAAAUUAAGUCUAAUAAAGUAAGGUAGAUACAUAUAUACAAAGUUACGUUAUUGUUAAGUUAGAUUAAGUUGUAAAUAAUAUUUAUUUUAGGAUGUACUUACUAAUUUUAGU